AUGCGUUACACAAAAAACACAAAAAAUCGGCUAAUAGACUGCCAGCAUCCCGAGUUAGGACCAAUAGAUUGCCAGCAUCCCGAGUUAGGACCAAUAGACUGCCAGCAUCCCGAAUUAGGACCAAUAGAUUGCCAGCAUCCCGAGUUAGGACCAAUAGAUUGCCAGCAUCCCGAGUUAAGACCAAUAGACUGCCAGCAUCCCGAGUUAGGACCAAUAGAUUGCCAGCAUCCCGAGUUAGGACCAAUAGAUUGCCAGCAUCCCGAGUUAGGACCAAUAGAUUGCCAGCAUCCCGAGUUAGGACCAAUAGACUGCCAGCAUCCCGAGUUAGGACCAAUAGACUGCCAGCAUCCCGAGUUAGAACCAAUAGAUUGCCAGCAUCCCGAGUUAGGACCAAUAGACUGCCAGCAUCCCGAGUUAGGACCAAUAGACUGCCAGCAUCCCGAAUUAGGACCAAUAGAUUGCCAGCAUCCCGAAUUAGGACCAAUAGAUUGCCAGCAUCCCGAGUUAGGACCAAUAGAUUGCCAGCAUCCCGAGUUAGGACCAAUAGACUGCCAGCAUCCCGAGUUAGGACCAAUAGACUGCCAGCAUCCCGAGUUAGGACCAAUAGACUGCCAGCAUCCCGAGUUAGAACCAAUAGAUUGCCAGCAUCCCGAGUUAGGACCAAUAGACUGCCAGCAUCCCGAGUUAGGACCAAUAGACUGCCAGCAUCCCGAGUUAGAACCAAUAGAUUGCCAGCAUCCCGAGUUAGGACCAAUAGACUGCCAGCAUCCCGAGUUAGGACCAAUAGACUGCCAGCAUCCCGAAUUAGGACCAAUAGAUUGCCAGCAUCCCGAGUUAGGACCAAUAGAUUGCCAGCAUCCCGAGUUAGGACCAAUAGAUUGCCAGCAUCCCGAAUUAGGAGCACGAUAA